AGGAAACCCCCGCAGAGGAGACAAAACGCAUUUUGGUCGCUCGUUCCGUUCGUCCUGUUGUAGUUUUCGCGAAUUCGCCAGCCCGUGUAUAGUGUGUGUGUGUUUGUGUGUGCGUACGGAAGGAAGGAAUAAGAACACGGCCGGUGCCGGAAAAGCUGCGUCGCUCGACGUUUUCAUCUACCCCUCUUUCCCGCGCGCUAUCGUUUAUUCGGUGAUUUCGUUUCGUGCGUGUGCGUUUUAUUGUUUCUUCUACGUUACUUUAACGAGUUCAGCAAACAGUGUUUACUGCUUACCGUAAGCAAUGUCGACCGAAAAGGAAAUGAAUCCCGCGGAGGUGGAGCAGGAGGAACACGACAGCAACUAUCAGCCACCGCCGCAGAAAACGAUCGAGGAAAUUAUGGCCGCCGAUGCGGAGGACGAAAGCUUGCGAAAGUACAAGGAGGCACUGCUCGGCGAGGCACAGGCGGAAAAGAUUAUCUUUGAUGAAUCCGAUCCACGGAAGGUGAUCGUGAAAAAGCUUGCCCUGCUGGUGGCCGAUCGUGAUCCGAUGGAGCUCGAUUUGACUGGCGAUUUAACGAAGCUGAAAAAGAAUGUGUUCGUCAUUAAGGAAGGCAUUCAGUACAAAAUUCGUAUCGAUUUCGUAGUGCAGCGGGAGAUUGUGCACGGUUUGAAGUAUGUGCAGAAAACCUACCGAAUGGGCGUCCCAGUCGAUAAAAUGGUCCAGAUGGUUGGUUCCUAUCCACCAAAGAAGGAAAUCCAGAGCUACACCACCCCGUUCGAGGAGGCCCCGUCCGGCAUGAUGGCCCGCGGUACCUACUCCGUCACCUCCCUCUUCACCGACGACGACAAGAACGAGCACCUGAAGUGGGACUGGAGUUUUGAGAUUAAAAAAGACUGGCAGUAAAAUGCAAACCACCUCCCUCCACCCGUAACUCUUCUACUGUACCAGGACACUGCUCUCCCCUUACCCGGUUCAGAAAAAAACCCCUCCCCGCAACAGACGUGCGUGUUGAGUUGAAGGUAGAGUAGACAGAGAGAGCGAGAGAGAGCGUGUGUUUGUGUGAAGAAACGUUAUUAUUAGUGUGGAUAAAGAGGUACGAAACAGAACAAAAAAAAAACGGGAAUAUUGGCAUGCUUAUAUCAGUGUGUGGCUAGCGUCAGGUGUGUGUUUGUUUAUUAAGGAGAGGGGGGUCGGAUUCUGAUAAGCAGAAGAGUGUAGGGAGCCAGAAAAGAUGAAAAAGUGGAAGCAAAGCAAAUGAGCACAUUCAUUCAAGGAAAAGUGUGGUGAACAUGCAGAAGGGCAAAAGAGGAAAUCCAGUGUGCCACACGUACAGGUCGGAGGAUUGUUUUUGCAAGAUUUUUUCUCCCCUUCUUUCUUUGUUUUAAUAAAGGCGACGCUCAAUCCGCGGGCGUAAGAAGAAUUUAUUACAAGAGAUAGUAGUAGUAGUAGUAACUAGCAUGCAGACGUUAUAGCUAGCCGGGGCAGAAAUAAAGGUUCCUCCUAAGGUAGAACAAUACAAAACAAAAAAACAAAAACAAACCAAGCAAAGCAUGAGAAAUGAGACUACAAAAAACGCUGACAGUUCAGAGCAAUAAGUGUGAAAGUAAAAAUCAGCCGAAAGGAGGAAACAAGCGCUAAAUCGCUUUAAACAAAAAACAGCAACAUCAACGUUGCAUUCUGUCUGUAUUAUCGCUCCUUUCUUUUCCCUCUCCCCCCAUCUCCACCUUUUGUGUGAUUGUGAUGGUGAUGUUUACUUCAGUAUUUGCCAUUCAAUCAGCAUUCAGGCAUAAACAAGAAGCUUGCUCUCCUGUUUUUUUUUCUUAUUUUGCACAUUGUGUAGAGUAGAGAAUAUGCUGUGCAAAAAGCUCCCAUUUAUGCUUAUUCCAUUUUGUUUCUAAAAACUAUCCUGCCUUUUGAAUUGAAGCGAUUAUUGCCGUUUAGCGAUGCCGUGUGCUAAAACAUGUGUGCAUUUUUAUUAUUUGCAUUUUUUGAACUAUUGAGUUGCGAAAUUCAUCAACACUUUCACCGCAAUACAUGAAAGUGCAAUUAUACAGCGAGAAUAUGCCCUUUUAUUAGUGUGGCGAGUUCUCCUUUCCUUUUUGCUUCGAGCCCGUUUUUUAGUGUGAAUUGAAGCGAUGAAGGUGCGCGAUUUCUGCGCACCAUACGAUCUGAGUCUGCGGAGGAGAGAAAGGGCUCAGGUUGUGGGAGCGUAACGUAAUGGAUUUGCAGCGCAUAAAUCACUGCUAUGUUUCACUAGCCAUUGGGUUCCGCGCACUUGUGUGUGUGAGUGUAGUGCAUUGUAUUUGAAUAGCGUAAGACGACAGGACAGGGCAAGAGAGAAUACUAUACAAUUCUUACAUAUUAGCCAUUUCAAUCAAUUCGCAUCUCUUUCGCUAGUGUUUCCGGGGAAGAUGUAAGGAUGUGUGUGUGCGUUCUCUUUUAGUGAACAAAUCGUAAAAUAUGCGCCUUUCUAACGAGUGAAUCCCCCUUGCCCGCUCUUGGUUUAUCUCUUUAGAGCUAAUAGAAGUCGGAGUUCUUAGAGCACGAUUUUUAGGGUUUCAAGAAGUAAGCGAAAGAGGCAUCGGGUUCACGCGAUAAAUGUCCUUUCGCGGAUGAAGCAGGCAGAGAAACAGAUCGACGGAAAGAAGUGGCAUUUCAAGGUGUUAAAGAAAGCAAUACAUUUGUGGUGCUGGAUGGUGUGUGUAAGGAUAGUAAUACAGUUUCCCCAAUUCAAACAGUCACUUCAACCCUGUAUCUAGUACCGAGCGAUCCCAAAAUAGGAUGCCUCCGCUAAUGCUACUGCAAACGCUGUGUGUUUUUAAAUUGCCUGAAUUGCACUUAAUGAUUAGACGCGAUGUACAGAGGAGCGAGAGCACUAAGACACAGUUUUUUCGAUGACAAAAAUCAAUAAAAAUCGCUUCAAAGCAAAAGAAAAGGUGCUGCAAAAUGACCUUAACACCAUCACCAUCCCCCCACUCAAAAAUCACACGCGUGCAUGAAUGCCAAAAAAGAAACAGUAUCCUUACAGUAAAACACAAGCGAAUGCCAUCCUUUCCCCUUUCUUACACACGUGCUAGUUUGCUUACAGAAAAUUGGAAAAAGGAAACCAACAAAAAACUACAGUGGAAAAGUGUGAUUAUAAAUCAUAUAUGAAACACAUGCGCACGCGCGUGUGUGUGUGUGUGGGCAAGUAGCAAGUGGUGUGAAGAAUGAAGAAAUGUAUAAAAUAAGCAAAAAGAUAAUAAUGAGGUUGGUGGGCGCGCCAUUUUGAUAAUCCUCCCUUACCCACCCCCAACGCGUGUACUGUAAAAUCAUACCGAAAAAUCCACACAAAACUGCGCUCAAUUUGUUUUUUGUGGAUUGUGUAAAAGAAAAACAAAAGAAUUAUCCAAUAAUAAAAAGCAAACAAACAUAAACACACACACACACAUAUA